CGCCGAAGCGCCAUGGCCGCGGCUCGCGGAGAGCCCGGCCGGGGGCCUAGGGGGGGCGCCCGCUUCUUCUGCACCGCCGGCCGCGGCCUGGAGCCGUUCCUGAUUCGCGAGGUGCGGGCGCGGCUGGCGGCCACGCAGGUUGAAUAUAUUUCAGGAAAGGUUUUUUUCACCACCUACUCUGAUUUGAAUGUGAUGAAGAAGUUAAAAUCUGCAGAGAGAUUAUUUUUACUAAUUAAAAAGCAAUUUCCAAUUACUGUUUCUUCUCUAAGUAAAGGAAAAAUACUUAUUGAAAUGCAUAAACUUAUAAAUGAUGACCCAGGAAGCUGGUUGAACGCUAUUUCACUUUGGAAAAAUCUUCUGGAACUUGAUGCAAACAAUGAAGAACUUUCUCAAAGGGGUGCUAACCCUUUAAAAAGAAAAGAGGGAGAACAUGAAACCAUUGUUAAAAAAUUAAAAACAGAAGAGGUGCAAAAGAUGGAGGAGAAUCAUAGGGAAUGCCAACAAGAAACACAAACAGAAGAAGGUGCACUGGACCAAAGCGAUUCUGUCACUGCCACUAGGAAGGAAAAGCUUCAAGAAAGAGAGCCCCAGAAUGAUGCAGAGGAAGCGGUUGGGACUCACAGCCAGCAGGACUUGACCUUCAGGGUUUCUUGUCGCUGCAGUGGAACUAUUGGAAAGGUCUUUACUGCCCAGGAGGUAGGAAAAAUAAUUGGAAUUGCCCUUAUGAAACAGUUUGGCUGGAAAGCAGACUUGAGGAAACCAAACUUAGAGAUCUUUAUACAUCUAAAUGAUGUUUACUCUGUUGUGGGGAUUCCUGUGUUCAGGGUUCCUUUAGCCAGCAGAAAUUAUAUCCAGACAGCUGGACUACGAUCUACCAUAGCCUGGGCAAUGGCAUCUCUUGCAGAAAUUAAGGCUGGUGCCUUUGUUUUAGAUCCAAUGUGUGGACUUGGAACAAUACUUCUGGAAGCUGCUAAAGAAUGGCCAGAUGCCUAUUAUCUGGGCGCCGAUGUCAAUGACCUACAGCUGCUUGGUGCCUGUGACAAUCUGGAAGCUGCAGGCCUUAGGGAUAAAAUUGAGUUGCUUAAAGUCUCCAUCAUAGAUUUACCACUGCCUUCAGAAUGUGUUGAUACUAUUAUUUCUGACAUUCCAUUUGGGAAGAAGUUUAGGUUAGGAAAAGACAUCAAAAGCAUUCUACAAGCAAUGGAAAGAGUGCUGCAUGUUGGUGGAACCAUUGUUUUGUUGCUUAGCGAAGAUCACCACAGGCGCCUUAAAGACUGUGGAGAGAGCAGCAUCCCUUUGAGUCCCAAGGGCAGCCAUACUGUGGACCCUGGAAUGAAGAACUGCUUGAACCCUGAAUUAAAAACUGGCACAUCGGAGACAGUGUCAUCUUCAGGUGAAGCCAGUAAUCAGGAGUGCUUCAAGAAAAUGUCACCCUUUGGCUCUUUGUUGCCAGUGGAAUGCUACAAAGUUAGCCUUGGAAAGACAGAUGCCUUCAUAUGCAAAUAUAAGAAGGGGCAAAGUUCUGCUCCAGACUGCUGACUUACUGUCACAAGCCAGGUGCAUGACCUUAGACAUGUUUACUGAAAUCCCAUUGUCUGCAGAGUUCUUUACAGCACCCUUCAUAGUUCCAAGCAAACAUCCCUUGAAGACAGAGGGUAUCUAAUUGACAGACUUUAGUAAGCGUUUCUGCUUUAUACUCUGAAGUGGGUAAUGUUCUUGACAAAAAGCAGUUAGUGAAUAUUUUGAAAAGGUUCUGUCAGAGUUCUGUGAAAAGACCUGUCAGAGUGUGAAAAGAUCUGUGUGUGAAAACUACGCCAUGCACGUUUCUGAGCAGAAGCUCCAACAGCCAAGAGAAAGUUUCCAGGGGUUCACAUGAGUGUGUCUCAGUCAACAAAAAACGGUCAUAUUUUAACUAUCAGAUUUUUAGAAAUGUAGGAACUUUUAUAUUUAAUGUUUUAUAUAUUAAACUUGAUUUUAGCCAAUAAUUUCUUCUCCAUCGAAAUGAAAAUAAUUUUUAUUCACAAUACAUUUUAUAUGACUCGUGAAACGCGAGAACAGUACCAACGCGAGUUUUAACUGGAGACCUUCAAUGUGAUGAAAAUGAAGCUGCUUCUUUCAAAAAGCAGAAAUAAAUUGUCCCUCGCCUUCGUUUGCAGAAAUCCAGUUUGUUGCUUGUGUCCACUACUUGAGAAACAGAAAUAGAAGGUUAAUGAAAAUAUAUGUUCUAAUUUAAUUUUUUUUACUACUUCUUUAUAUUGGCUCAUCCACAUUUCUGUCCUCAGGUUUCAGCACUGCCCCAGGCAGGUAGCCUGUAACUUGGCUCUCUGGCCCUCCUAGGAGUUCCAGGAGAUACCUAUUAAUCUCAAAUACUAAUCUUAAAUUCCAUUUUUGCUAAAACUAUCUAGAUUUGCUUGUUAUCAGAUAGAACUCUAAUAUGGAGACAGAUGUUCUGUUUCAAGCAGAAAGCCCCAGAAAUGUGAAUCUGUUAUUAGUUAUCCAGUCUAGUUGUGUUAAGGAAAGGUUACAUCUAGUAUUAAAGAAAGUUUAUGGCAUGUAUUGGUGAAAAAUUUCAUUAUUUCUGU